GAAAGGAUUGCUACAUACGCUAUAUACGCUACGUGAAGUGCUAACCUUGCCGCAUUGGUAUAACCACUACCCAGAUCCAGAUUAGGUUACGAGACAAGUUCCCCUAAGCUCAAGGCUACCUGUGUGCACUGACCUCGUUCUUGAGCCUCAAUACAAUGACAUAUCUUCUUUUGACUUCACGUCUCCAUUCCAAGAUUGCUGCCGUUGCGACUUGACCGUUGAAAGCUCUGGGUUCGGUCUAACAACGUUGAAAGCAAACUAAGUCUUGACUGCUGGGCUAAGUAAGGGAGUAUCGCUCGGGACUUAGAUAUAUACUUAAUCUGAUAUAUAUACCUGAGGUAUAAUAUAUAGACGCUAAGAAAAGGGAGGAAGAAGGAAAAAUCUGAUAGCUAUGGGCGAGCCUAAAUUUUACCUCUUUGGCGGGUAUAAGCUAUGGAACGAGCACGCCUGGUGCCCAUCCGACGACCGGGCCCGCGGCGGCAAGAGCCAUAGCCUCUUCGUAUGCUCUGCUGAUUCGACCGUGGCCACCUUCAGCGGAGAAUUGGAUAUCACCGCCCUCGGAGGCGCCGGGUUUGCCUCGCAGCGGACUGUCGACCCCCAGUCUUGGGACCUGCUCGACUACCAGGGGCUGAGCGUUGGUGUAGCCAAGAGCGACGGGAGGAGGUACACGCUUGUUCUUAAGGACGAUGUCCCGACUCAUCGCGAGGAUGGCAGGGAGAAGAGCACUGUCAGCUGGGAAUACGACUUCGUGCCUGGUGACGAGUCGGAAGUGAUGGCCUCCUGGGACGACUUCAAGCCCACGUAUCGAGGGCAGCCGAAACCGGAUGCUGCCCCUUUGCGCUUGGAUCAUAUCAAACGGAUAAGCAUCAUGAUGCGAAGUUUCUUUGGCGAACAGGAGGGUCCCUUCAGGCUUGAUCUCAACUAUAUCGCAGCUAUUAGAGCCGAGGCAAGCCCGGAGUAGAAUUAAAGCAUUAUCCUUUAUUUUGGAAUUUGAAUUACUGUGAGAGCGAAGAGCGAAGCCUGCCAGUCGAAAGGUUGAUUUAGUGUACUGCUCACCUCAAGGGGUCUAGAUAGAUCUCGAGAUAAAAUAG